AUGUCUCGACACCAGGCAUACCGAAACUACGACUACGAGAACGACCUCGAUGAGUUCGACGGCGGCGAAGACGAUUACGAGGGAGAGGAAGAGGAAGGAUUGAGCGCUGAGGACAAAGAACAAAUGGAAGCGUGCACCGCUGAGAUUCGCAGCAUCCUCGGACCGCAAGCAUCCAAGGUCACGACGGCGCAGAUACAGGAAGCCCUGUGGCACUACUAUUAUGACGUCGACAAGUCGGUCACCUACCUCAUCACCAAGUUCAUCGAUCCACCUGCUCCCAAGGCCGCUAAGAGCGCCCCUGUGAAGACCAAAGACCCAGAUGUCAUGGCUCCAAGACGUUCAAAUCGCUCCUCUUUCGCCGACUUCUUCCACGACAUGCCGUGGUUGAAUACACCCCAAGAUCGGCAGGCAUCUUUGAUCGAACCGCUGCGCCCCCGUGGAGGGUUACUCGGAGGAUCAGGUGCCCAACCCAAGAUGUCUAAGUUACAACUACUGGCUGCCGAACGUAAAAGAAAAGCAGAGGAACAGAAAGCCAAGAGCGCUGGCGGACCCAAGGGUGAAGUUUCACAGACUACACAAAACCUCAGCAAGCUGUCUUUAGGCUCGAAGACCAGAGGCGCGCCAGCGUCAGCAUCCACAGCCACUGUUUCCCCUCCGGCUGAGGCAGCCAUCACGACAGCAACCCCAACUAUACCUUUGAAGAGAAAGACGAGCGAUCUGGUGCAACUUGAUGGCCCACCUGCCAAAGCUUCUUCCCCGAGGUCAGAGGAUGUACAGAUGGAAGAAGCUACUCCAGUCGAGCCAGCCGAGCCCUCUGCUUUUGCUCAAACCCUCCUAGGAUCUGUGGGAUCUGCUUCGCCUGCUCAUGCACCACCCAGGACUUAUGCUCUUCCGUAUAUGGCUUUUAUAUCAUCGUCCUCCGUACUUGACGCAUUCUCAGGGCCUAGUCCUGAUGAUGUGGUGCUUGCAGCACAAGCGAAAGCUAGCAAUAAGAAGCUUGCCAACACAACCAAGAAGAAGGGCGGCGACGAUAAGGUUGAUCAAACUGCAGAUGGGAUCAAGGCCAUCAAGCUCGAUGAUGCACCCCUGCCGAAGAGCAAAAACCUGAAUGUGCUCAGCGAGUACGAGAAGAGCAAGAGCAAGAAGAGUGCAAGUUUUGUCGUUGUUGGUCACGUUGAUGCCGGAAAGAGUACUCUGAUGGGAAGGCUGCUCCUUGAUCUCAAUGUGGUAGACCAAAGAACCAUAGAGAGAUACCGCAAAGAGGCGGAGCAAAUGGGCAAAUCGUCAUUCGCGUUGGCAUGGGUCCUCGAUCAACGCACGGAAGAGCGCAGCCGGGGCGUUACCAUCGAUAUUGCCACAAACAGAUUUGAGACCGAGACGACGUCUUUCACUAUCCUGGAUGCUCCUGGCCAUCGAGACUUUAUUCCCAACAUGAUUGCAGGCGCAAGUCAGGCCGACUUUGCAAUCUUGGUGGUUGAUGCUUCCACGGGCUCCUUUGAAUCAGGUCUCAAGGGACAGACGCGGGAACACUCCCUUUUGAUAAGGAGUAUGGGAGUGUCACGAGUGAUUGUUGCCGUCAACAAACUAGACACUGUUGGAUGGUCGCAGGAGCGGUUCGAUGAGAUUACACAUCAAGUAUCCGGGUUCAUGUCGACAACCGGCUUCCAGCUAAAGAACAUUAGCUUCGUGCCUGUUUCUGGUCUGAACGGCGACAACCUGGUCAACAAAUCAACAGACCCAGCUUCGGGCUGGUACACGGGCGAUACUCUGAUUCAAGAACUCGAAAAAUCGGAGCCCUUGACAAGAGCACUAGACAAGCCGCUGCGUUUAACAAUCUCUGAGGUCUUCAGAACGGCCCAAAGCCCGCUCACUAUUUCAGGACGGAUCGAUGCGGGAUCGUUACAAGCAGGAGAUGCGCUUCUGGUGCAGCCAAGCGGAGAGAAGGCCUACGUCAAGUCCCUGGAGCUUGACUCUGAACCAGUUGACUGGGCUGUGGCGGGACAGAAUGUGGUGAUACAUCUGACCAAUAUUGACCCCAUCCACGUGCGCGUCGGAGAUAUCGUCUGCGACCCCAAAUCGCCUGUCAACUCGAUCGACACCUUUACAAUCAAGGCGUUGGCUUUCGACAUCUUGAUGCCGAUGCAAGUUGAUGUGCACCGCGGACGGAUGUGGGCACCCGGCCAGAUUGUGGAAAUGCCAGCUAUUUUGGACAAGGUCAAGGGUACUGUGCUCAAGAAGAAGCCAAAGAUCGUCAAGCCAGCUAGUGUGGCCAGAGUAGUAGUCAAGAUGAGUAACAAGGUGCCAUUGGAGGCUGGGCAGAGAGUCGUCUUGAGAAGCAAUGGAGAAACCAUUGCCGCUGGACUACUGGAAUGA